UUUCCCCAUCGUCAACAAUAUCUCUAUCCCAAAAAUCGUCAGGUUCGUUUUCCCCUUCUCUCUCGCCACCCCUUCUUCCGCCAUCGCCCCUCCCGAGCGCCACCAUGGCUUCCUCCACAGCUCUCUCUCCGGUGGCCUUCAAGUCUUCCUUCUCGCCGCUCUCCUCCAACUCACCACGUAGGAUAAAUGUAGAAGGUGCAUUCUGCUUACCAUGUUCCACCUGGAAAAGAGCUAGUAAUAGAUCCUUCCGGGUGUACAGUUUAUUUGGAGGAAAGAAGGAGAAAGACGAGAACGGGGACGAGGCACCAUCAAAAGGAGGACUCUUUGGAAAUAUUGGAAAUAUGCAAAACCUUUACGAAACUGUGAAGAAGGCUCAAAUGGUUGUCCAAGUGGAGGCUGUGCGGGUGCAAAAGGAGCUUGCAGCGACUGAGAUUGAAGGCUAUUGUGAAGGUGAGCUAAUUAAGGUUACACUUUCUGGGAACCAGCAACCUAUAAAUGUUGAAAUCACGGAGGCUGCAAUGGAGCUGGGUGCUGAGAAAGUAUCUGAGCUGGUCAAUGAAGCCUACAAGGAUGCACAUCAGAGGAGCGUCCAGGCAAUGAAGGAAAGGAUGGCUGAUCUAGCACAGAGCAUAGGAAUGCCUGCGGGGCUCGGCGAUGGGCUCAAGUGAUGGCUUGCUACUUGAAUGUUUUUCAACAAUGAAGCGUCUCUCAGUUUUGUAUUCUAGCCAUAUCGAGUCAUCAGUUAAACCUCUCUGCAACAUCGGUUAGUUUUGCAAGAACUGUAAUUGUAAACACCUGUUUCCUUGCUCAUUGGCACAGCAUAGUUACACCAGUAGUGCUAAUGUGUUGUUUAAACCAGCGAAUGUUACUUCUGUGCUAGUAGAGUGGCACCCCGGAGAACAUUUGUAAACUAAUAACUGCAGAGUGAAAUCUAUUUUGCAAAUAAUGAAAAAUUCGUCCUGAGUUCC